GCAGGACUACGAAUGGUUGAAGUCAGAGCGAUGUUAUAGAUGGCCGGGUGUUGUAUGAUACGUUGCCAGCUUAGGACUUUGUUGAAUGUGUUACAUUAUGCAACGUUAUAUGGACAGCGGCGCAAAGUUCUCCGGCAGGUACUAUGCACGCGUUUCCGUUCCAUUUCGACUGUUUGGGUCGUCCAAACACAGGAUGCGUGUUCCUGCGAAAUCAGUGCUAAAUGUUGGCGACAAACCGAAAGCUUCCGAGGUGUUAACGGCCUACCUAAAGCAGUGUAACGAGCCGCCAUGGACGUCUUAUUUCAUUAAGCACCGUGACGUAAUAAACGAUCAGUUUGGUAGGUCGCACUUCAACUGGACCCUCGAUACCGGCACUAACUACCAUAUCUUGCGGACUGGAUGCUUUCCCUACAUGAAGUACCACUGUACCAAGCGCCCCAUACAGGAUCUGAGACUCGACGACUACUUUUUCCGUUGCAUCAAAGUAGUAAAUCUGGGCAUACCGCUACUUUUUUACGGGCUGGCAGCUGUCUCUCUUAUCCGGCAUAUCGAGCAUGUCGAGAUGGGUAGCUACGGGCGGGUGCCGAUUUACUUUCUUUAUGAGGAAGACAAAGGUUCACAGUACUGAAUCUUAAUCUAUUCUCCAGUCAGAAAAAAGUAUGAAAUGUAAUAAUGGUGUAAAAUAUAUCAAAUAAUCUCGAAUAAGUAAUUUAUUAUAAAUACGACUCAGUCCGUCCUUCUAAGAUUUUAAAAAUACCAUAUUAAACCAUUUAAAACUAGUUCAUUUGUUUUAUUGCA